GUUUAUAUAUCAGUUAUUGUUGUUAUUAUUAUGAGCUUCUAUACUGUUGGUUCUAUUUCUCAUUGCUGGGACGAGGCAGACACAGUUGCAGUAUUUCUAGGCAAAAGAUCCCUUGCAUAAUGCAAUCAGACAUCGCCGCCGGCCAGUAACUAGCAGUAAGAAAAGAAGUAGUAAGAAAGAACACUUGCUUCAUUUUUCAUUUGCAGCGUCUUCUUUUAUCCGAAGCAAGUUUCCUUGAUAGCAUUUCAUAUGUAAGAAUUGAACGGGUAUUUACGGGUAGUAUGGGUACCCGUUAACACAUACGAGUUUGGAACAUGGGAAGAAGAUUGCUUUUCAAAUGGGAUUGGGUACCCCGUCCCGUCCCGUCCCGUUGCCCACCCCCUAGGUUUGGGUUUCUCUAACUUGUGAUUUCCUUCUUCUUAUUCAACUUCCAUCUCAAUCGAAUCAACCGACAAUUGGAUCUUGGAGAACAGUCACCGGUUUUAUCAAGGUAAUCUUCUUUACUUAAGGCCAUGGGCUCCCGACAUAAGUGUGAUGGAUUUUGAUAGUAAGGCUUGGCCUAUCUGGAUUAAUUUAGCGUACUUUCCUCUAACGUAUGUGAAUUCCCAAGGGUUUAGCCGAAUUGCAAGUUGGAUAGGAGUCACGUUGGGAGUUGAUAGCACAACUAGGGUAUGGAGCAUGCUAGGCUAUGCUAUAGUGUUAGUGGAGCUCCGUGCUGAGGGGUGCUCCCGGACCAUGUUAUGAUAUGGCCGGAUGAUGAUCUUGCAAUGCGUGUUGGGCUUACCUACUUCAAUCUCUCUUCUGUUUGCACCCUGUGUGUCUUUUUUGGUACUCAACGUAAUCGGUACCGGUAAUCAACUAUCCGGUUAACGAUAUACCGGAAAUAGCAAUAUGAAAAUUGAGUACCGAUAUCAGUUUUCUAACCAAUUAACCGGAUAACUGAAUAGACGAUUACUGGUUAUUCGUCGGUUACCCGACAUACCGCCAAUGAUGGAAAAGGCAGAGAGUUGUUUCCACCAUGCCUUCAGGCAUUCGUGGUUCAUUCUUCGCCAAUCGCCACCCCUUCAAAUUCCCAUCACCUUAGGCUGUAAUUAAUGGUUUGUAAUGGUGUAAGUGAAAAGCAGAGGCUGCAAGUGAAUAAACCUCAAGCAUUCCAGCCCAGCAACAAAGACUCAUCUGCUUCCGUCCCGCCACUUCCAUCCUCCUCCUCUUCAAUUCCCGCUGCCGCUUGAAUUGAAUCUCAACUUCAUCACUACAAUCUCACACGGAAACUAGGAAUCAAUUCGCUCCGUCAUCAAUUGGGGAGAGAUCCGCCGCCGCAGUCACCGCCAUCGGCACCAGUCGGCGACCAGGUCUCUAGCCUCUUCAUCGAUUCGCGCUCCGGGCGUUUAUGCGUCGUGCUUCCGUGCACCUAAUUGUUGUCGGCCGCUAUGUUCGUCGAGAAAGGAGAAAUAUGGAAAGGGUAAUGAGGGGAAGAGUGAAGUUUAGAAUGGAUGAAUGUAAGGCAGCGGCGGAGAUGGUCGGAGAAUGGUGGAAGAGCAUGGCGACCGACAUCGAGGAAGAAAUUGGAAGAGUUGCUACUUUUUUGACAAAUUGGAAGAGUUGCUGAUGGUGUAGAGAGUUAAGAUUUGCAGGUUUGGGAGAUGAAAAAAAGAAGAUUCUCAUCUUUCAAGCGGGAGGGGAAGGGUAGAUUUCGGAAUAGAUGAAUGUGAGAUAGCGGCGGAGUUGGCGCUAUCAUAGAUGAAUGUGAGAUAGCGGCGGAAAUACCCAGCCCAUUAUCAAUGGGUCUACUUGGGUUUGGGUAUAAUUACCGAAGAAGGACAGGUUGGGAACUUGGGAUGCUACUGACAUCGAGGGGGAUAUCCAGUUAUCCAGUAAAGUGUGUGCGACAUUGUGCUACCACCAACCGAUCCAGCAUGUUAAUGAUAUAAUCGUAACCACCAGUUACAGGUUAGGUUAUAAGUUAUAAUAUAACCGGUAAACCGAUUACCACCCUUUUCCUACUCGAUUACCACCCUUUUCCUACUCAACAUGGUUGUCACUACUUCGUGUAAGGGUGUGAUGAAAAUUGAACCUGACUGUGCAAGGACGAAUGAAAAGACAAGAAAAUAUAAGGGAGUUGAGAAGGUAGUGGAGUAGGGCUGGCUAGUUGGUCCAGACUGUUUGGUUUUACCUGAAACCGGAGAACAGGAGUUGAACCGGAUAGCAAACAAUCCAAUCUCAUAUUCGGGCUUAGAUUUGAGGUAAAAAACCCGGAUAAAGACCGGAUAAGAGAUCCCCAACACCUAAAAUCAAGAUCAAAUUGGGACCGGUCCGGGUCAAGACCGGACUGUAUCCAAUCCAAUUUUUGGUCCUUAUAUUCCCGAAAAAGACCGGAUUGGAACCGAAUCAAUUUGGUCAUAUUUAACCGGACCGGACCGUAUAGCCACCCCUAUAGUGGAGGAUCCCCAAUUUGAAGUUGUGGUGGGGAGUAUUCUUAAUUCUCCAGGGUGUGGUCCCCCUACUAGGCGACAGAGUGUAAGAUAGGGAACUAGCUUUGGCACUAUUAGUGAAUUGAAUUUGGAAAGGUCUUUUGGUGUGGUUGAACGGAACGUAAAUUUUCCAUCUGAUGCUGAAUUUCAUAAGAUAAUAAAUGGGGUUGAGCCAAGAAUCUGGAAAAUGCAAGUCACACCAAUACAGGGGUUGAUAUUACAAAAGAUCUUCUAUGUGUUGCAGCAAUUUAAUGAGCAAGAGGAAGUGGUGAGAAAAGGUAGGAAGACUGGUAAGAGGGUAGGACAAAAGGUCCUCUCUUCCAAAUGAUAGUGCAAUUUUUGAAUAUUAUAGGGUUUAGCAAAGCCUCUAAGAGGAAGGAUCUUCUUGGGGUCGUUUGGAUAAGGGAUUGUGGUGAGGGAUUUAUCAAGGAUUUUAAAACAAUCUCUCAUUCUACAGGAUUUUAAAACAAUCACUCGUUUGGGAAAGAUGAGAGUUUCUACAAUUAGGGAUUUUAAAAACUCUCAAAUGUGGGUUUUUGAAAUAGCUGAUGGGGAUCAACUAUUUCUAAAUCCCUCGUUCUUGUUUUAUUUUUUUCCAAAAACUACCCUUCUUGUUACGAAUUCUUCUUCCUUUCUCUAAGCCUUCUGCCUUCUUCUCCAAUCACUCCACUAUCCACCUAAUGCAACACCAGCUCCCGAACAAAACCGGUGGUGGGGCUUCUCCGGAGCAACUUCCAGAUUCCGGAGAUGAAGAAGGGAGAGGAGGAGAUGAGGAAGGAGAGAAAGUAACCGAGGAUGAGGAUUCCAACGGGACAGUCGUCGAGAGGAAGAUUAGAUCUCGGCGAUCAGAUCCACUCCUUCUCGCCGAUGUUUUGGUCUAGUUCUCCAUCGGAAGCAAGUCGCCGCCGCCGUCUUCUUCUCCCUCUCCUCCGGUUGACGAUGAUUCCUGCUCGGAGGCCGUUGAUUGAGAUGAGGGUAAGAAUGUAAAUUGAUUCUUUUUAUCAAAAUCCUUUGUUUAUAUCCAAACAAGUGAUUUAUUAAAAUUUCUCAUAGUAAAAACCUAGGUUUUUAAAUUGUGGGAUUGUGGAGAAAAACCCAGGUUUUAGAAAACCUUUAUCCAAACAACCCCCUUAAGGUUUUUAGUAGGUUUGGAAAUGGAUCAACUCAUUAGGUAUUUUGACCCAAAUAGUACGACCCAUAUGUGUAUUGGGUUUGGACUCAAAUGGAACCAAUUUUUAUUUUUAUGUUUUUGGGCUGGGUUGGGUUAGGUUUGGUCUAAUUUGGGUCGAUCCAAAUGGAUCUAUUUGGGUAUAAAUUGGAUCAUGAGACAUCUGUAAGACUGUAACCCAGUUACCUCCAUUCCUUUGCUAACUCCCACAUGCUAAAAAUUAUCGGCAGAUAUGCAGAACCUGAAACCUUAUUAGAUCAAUUCUACUUCUUUUAUACUUUUUUCCUUCAAUCGUUUCCCUUAGCUUGUUGGAUCCUUAGAAAAUCGAUCGAUGACACUUAAUUUUCUAUGUGAAUGCUUCCCUUCAAACUAUGCAUCAACAUAUGCAUUUUCUUCAUCCCAGCAGACAAUUUCCGAGCUGCCGCUUCCGGCGACCCACUGAUCCUCUUUUACCACAUCAUACCUCAUUGAAUCGCCUUGUCUGAUCUCCGCCAGUUUAAGCCUCUCCCUCGCCUCCCGACCCUUCUCGUCCCCAAAUUGAUCAUCAUCACCAAUAAUUUUGGCUCCAAUUCCACCAUCGACGACUCUUCCUCUACCAUCCUAUAUUGUUUACUUUCCCUGCCGUCGUUGACUUGAACGAAACUACACCACGAAUUAAUCCCGACUAGAGCCCAAGUUUUUAAAAUCUAACCAGGUGCAGUAUAGGGAAAGUAUUUAAUUGUCGAACCGGGGUCGGUCCAUGUACCCCUACUUCAAUCGCUUAAGUUAUUAUCUAGCAAAACAGUUUUGGGUUUAAAACUAAGAAAACUACAAACUGAACAAGCAAGGAAAGUAAAUGGAGGAUAAUUCUACUUAAGGGGACUUCACCUGAUUAUUCCUCCCCCAGUCUCAUGCUAAGAAGCGACAAAGAAAGCUCUAGUGUGAAGGACGUGUUCAUACACCGCGAGGUGAGCACAAGUGCAACUAGCUAGGAACAAACUCCAUUAUUCAACCAAUGAAGGAAGAUCAACAAAAAUAAGCUAGGGAACUAGCUCUCUUAACCGUUAGGUGAAGGAUUUUGAUUCGUAGCUAGAGAGCCUAGCCCGCUUUACUGAUCAACCAAGGAGAUCCCUAACUCUCUUAGUGAGCUAAUUGAGAAUCGUUGCAGCAAGUUAAAGUGCUAACUCCCUUAACCUUUUGCCUAGGGGUUGCAACGAUAGGCUAGGAAACCUAACCCACUCAACUAACCAACUAAGGAUUGAAAGCCAAACCCUCCGAACAUAAUCUGGUCGACUGAGAGACCAAUCCCGGUGGGAUCACGGCCCUACUCCGAUACUUGAGAUCACGGCCCUACAACAUUUCUUGGAGCCCAAAACGUCCAUCCUUGCUGCCCAAGUCGUCCAAAUGUGAAAAGGACAAGGAAAGAGAUUGCUUAACCACUAUGGAGCUUCCUUAAGCAUUAAAAGCGUGUUUGGAGAUUACUUAGCUGCUAAAGAGCUUCCUUUUGUCAUAAAAACGAAUUAUAGUC